UCAAAGAAGGAAGGCAUACUUAAGGUACUGCUCGCCACAAAUACUGAGGGCUGGAAGAUUAUGCUAAAUGAUCAGUUAGUAAUUGAACUGGCCAACAACCCAAGAGUGAAGGUGUAUAGACUUGUACCAAGGAGCACUCAAGAAGAGAGAGACCAGGCUAAGAAGUCAAAUAUUGAACUGGUUAAUGCAAAAAAGAGGAUUGGUUAUUCUGAAGAGGAGCUUAUUGCAUACCCUCCUGACGAUCUCGAUAUUGAUAUUCUCAUCAUGCACUCUUAUGAGCAUAACCUUGGAAAACAAGCCCAAGAUAUAAAGGAAAAAAAGAAUUGCAAGUGGGUUCAUGUUGUUCAUACCAUCAGUGCAGAACUGGCGAAUUACAUGCAGAAAGUAUCCAGCACAGAUGCAGCCAAUCCAGAUUGGUUGUCAGAUCAUGAAUUGCAGUUAGCUCUUUGUGAAGAAGCUGACAUUAUCAUUGCCAUUGGUCCUAAAGUAGCUGAUGCUUACAUACAUGCUCUGAGUCAUUGUGGAAAGCACAAAGAUGUGAUUACUAUGACACCUGGAAUCAUCCAUGAUCUAGCUGGUGUUCAGACAGGUUGUGAGGGUGGAGAAAAGUUCCAUGUCAUGAUCAGUGCAACAUAUCCGUCAAAGUAUUUCAAAGUUAAAGGCUGUGAUAUUGCAGCUAAAGCAAUCACAUUAUUGAAAGACUUAUCAUACAAUCUUAUAUUUGUUGUUUUGCCCAAAGACAAUGCCGAAGUUCUGAGAAGUCAACUUAAGGGGUUAAUCAGUUUAAGUCAAUUCACUGUCAAACAUGUCCCAAGGAGCACUGAAAAUUGGAGAAAGCAGCUUUGCCAAGUUGAUCUUGUCAUCUUGCCUUCAGCAGAGGGUUUUGGAACAAGUUGUGUCCGUGCCAUUUCUGCAGGUGUCCCUGUCCUCAGCAGUGGAAACAGUGGAUUUGGUAUGGCACUUAAAAAGUUGCCAUCAGGAAAAAUGCAUGUAUUGGAUUCGGAAGACCCACAGGAAUGGGCCGACAAGAUCAGGGAACUGCGGAACAAGGAACCAACACAACUGGCUGAUGAGGCAAAGCAGCUUCGGGAAGAGUACGUGAGACAAUAUUGCUGGAAAGACCAAUGUGAUAAACUUGUAGACAAAAUGAUGGAGAUUGUCCCAAGCAAAGACGGUAUGUCCUGAUUUGGGUUAUGUCACUCAGUCACUCAAGCUUCAUGCCUAUUUUAAAAAGUGGGACCUAACAGCUCACUUUUUUUGUAAGGUGCUAGUAGUCCUUAAGCAUUGUUGGGAGGGUGAGCAUACCAAUGCUUUCCUUGAAUAAGCAUUCCUUUCUCCUUACUUUGUCAAAAAGUUAGGCAAUCAUAGGGAAAACUUUUUUCUUUGCUCACUUUUGUAUAAAGGUUGACUACAAUAAUAUUUUUGUAUUGUUUGGAUCCACCCCAGUCAUCUCUGUCUCUACGUACUUGCAGAGUCCUUUUAAAACGUGUAUUGUUUUUCAUACAUAAUUAUGUUGUAGUUAAAAAUUUGCAUCAGGUAACAUUAUAUUUUAACUGAUCGAAAAUUUUGUUAUACCUUUUUCCAUUAAUUUUUUUCUCCUUUUCUCAUCCUUCACACACAAAAAGAGGGAUUCUGACCGCAUCGCACUUUCUUCUGAUACACCAUCCUUCUUGUUGUCCACUAGACAACACAUGACUGCAAAUUCCCUGAUUUUGCUUUAAAUUUUAGAAUAAUAAUUAUUAUUCCUGUGUCAUUCCCACACUUACUGUAACUCUCAUAUCUACAACAUGAUUUGAAAAUUGCGGACCAGUAGUAAUUUUCUCUUGACAAAAUCCCAAGUCAUGACACAAGAAAACUUUAUGGGAAUUAACAAAGUGAUCACCGAAGGAAAAUCCUUUAUCUAUUGUCAAUUAUUGAAACUAUUAAUAAUUGUUAAGGAAAUGUGUAGAGAUUAGUCUGAGGAAUUUGUAUGUGGAUGUUGGGGAAGAAAUUUUGCACUUUAUAUGGGUCAAUUAAUGCAGGUUUUACUAUUUUGCUAGUAACUAAAUGAUCUAGGGAAACAGAAAUUGGAGGCAAGAAGGGAAUUAACACAAACUUAACACUCCCCUUUGAUGUAGCAGGUGUUUUUAUAAAUACCUCCACCCACCUUUUAUGUGUUUGAUUAUUGAUGCAUAGUAUAAAAAUGAUCUGUUCAUUCCUUUUUUUUAACAAAGAGAGCCAAAAAGUGGGAGUUGAGCAUACAGAGAAGACUACACAAGCAGUGAAGUACGCUGAGAGUGGAAUGCAACAAUUAGAAAUCAAGAAUUUGGGGGAGCAAGAACAUGACACUGUAGAUGAGGGAGAUAAGAAUCCAGACAGCAGGAUGGGGCAAGAGAAUGAGGAAUGCGUUGAAUCUGAGGUGGACAAACUGCACAUGCCACAUCAAGAGGAGGGCAUUGGCGUUACAAAGACAAGUGUAGAAGAGACUGGUGUUACAGAUCAGAAAUCUGAUUCUUUGGCCCAAAAGAACAUUGCACAUGAUGCAGUCGAUGCAGGUAUUGGUCCGCAAACGAAGAGGUCGAGAUUGUCAACCAAUGUCAAAAACAUUCCUUAUGCUCUUCUUGGUAGGAUCUGCUUGAAACUGAAUACAACAAGUGACCUUCACUUCAACGAUUUCCGAAUGCUUGGAGAACUAAUGGAAAUUGAAAGAGACUAUAUAGAAUUUUGUGCACAGCCGCGAAACUCAAAUCCGACCCAUAAAAUUCUUACUCGUUGGUGGCAAACAACUCGAGAACCAACCGUGGAGAAGCUUAUUGAAAUGUUAAAGAACGAAUACAUGCACAGGAUGGACGUUGUAGAGAUUCUGGAGGACUGGGUUGAAAAGGGAUAUUCAAAAUAACUGCAACAAAAAUUGAGUGAUGAAGCAUUGGAAAACAUAAUGCUACAUGACUGUACUGUAAGUGUACGCACUGUCUGGUCAUUUUUUACUCAGAGUGGAACUCCCCCUUAACUGUACUGUAAGUGUACACACUGUCUGGUCAUUUUUUACUCAGAGUGGAACUCCCCCUGUCACGGAAGAUUUUACAUGUAAAGGAAACAAGAACUUGAUAGUUUUCAAGGUAUAAAAUUGGGAAUAUCCAGGACUAAUUUCUAAAAUGUGAAAGAAUGAUUUUUGGUAUUUUAUCAAAUGCCCGAUAAUUUUUAUAACUAAAUGUUUUGAGUACGAUAAUGUCAUUUACAGUGAACAGUGAAGGUAUAAAUAGAAAUAAUGAUUUAUAAUAAUCUUAUGGUAAUAAUUUUUAAAAAUGUUAAUAGGUUACCAUGAUGCUAAAUGCGAAUUUCAAAUCAGUUAUCUUAGGCCCCGUCCAUAUGUAUCCGGAUAUUUUUGAAUCCGCAACUUUUUCUUUCCGGAUUCAAAAAUUUCUCGGUCCACACGUAGUCAAAUCCAAUCGAAUUCGCCCGUCCGGCCACACGCAUACGAUGGUACCCGGAUUCACUCUAGAGCCCAGAGCUAGUUGGAGAGAAUUCUUCUAACUUUCUUCCCUUCAGCUUCAUAAAGGCACACUCGAUCACCAAUCGUCGGCGACGGGGUUGUGUUCCCACCCGGGUGUUUCCAGCCGUUUCAACUGUCUUUGGCGUGUCUUUGGCGUCCGAUUCGUCAAUCAGACACCGAUAGAAGCUUGACAAUGUCGACCCGCUGUUUCACAUAGUUUACGUGUACAGUUAACAUGGCUAAAUUUACCUGCAUACAGGCUACAAGACUUGAAAUGAGUCCGGGAAGAAGAGAAAUUAGGGCUACACGUUGUGCCGCCAUAUUGGUUUAUUAUUCGGUAAGAGACUGGACACGAUUUUGCUACGUCAUCGGUUCUGGGGAAAAGGGGAAAGAUGGAAGCGAAGCAGGCGGUGUGCGUCACGAGAUUUAACCAAUCAGAAUGCGUUAUUUUCGGAGUAGAUUUCGUGCUCGAGAAGAGCAGUUUUGAGAGGUACACGAGUUGAGAUUUUCGUCGUUUUUGAAGAUUGUAAUCAUUUUUUCUUAAUCAAAAUUCGCUAUAAAGUUAGCGAAUUAAUUUAUCUUAGUGCUGGUGCAGUUAUUUUUUAAGAAGAAACGUUUAUUCGGCUUUGCGACCAUUUCAAAGGUGACGGUCUCGUGUGAGACGCCAUGUUGUUUUGGUUGUAAAUUUCACUGCUUUUCUUGGACUUGUAGCUCCUUACUGUUAUUGAUUGUUGUCAAUAUUUUCGGUCCGUUAGUGAGUUUAAGUAGUCUUCUUUGACAAUUUCGGGGUCUACCUGGGUCUACCCCGUCGGGUUUUCCCGCUAGAGGCCGUGGAGGACACACUGGUAUGAAGAGAUCGACCCAGCCAAGUGGCUCCACUCCCGGGAAACCGGCUGGUAAAGUCAACAGAACUGGAGGUCAAAAUAACAUCAAAUCGAGAAAGAAUUUGUUUAAUUUCAAGCCAGAAAAGGUAAAAAGAGUCGAAUUACACGAAUUCCUUCUGAUUUUGUAUUUGAGUCAGUUAAAUGGUCUUUUAUAAGAUACUUAUUUGUCAUUAUUGAAGAAUGUUUUUCACGUGUGAAUAAAUUAUACAUGUACAAAUGUAGCCUCCAACAAGAGAUUGGCCAGUAUCCAUAGAUUGUGGAUUAGAAUCCAUUAUUUCUUGUAGUUUUACUCAGAUAACAUUAGCAGUAAUUUUAUGUUUUCACACUCGCACUGUGAUGAAAUGAAACAUUUGACAAAAUUUUAAAAAAAAAAUCAUAAAAUAAAGUGUGGCUUUAGAGAUGUUACACCAGCCACCUCCACCACAGGGUUUAUCAAGGAUGUCUUUUUGUUUGUGUGUUUAUAUGUAGGUUUACUUAUGUUACCAUUUAUUUAAUAUCUUCAAGGUCCCUCAUCCACCUCAGUCCCCAGUUUGGUCUGUGGAGGAAAGGCGAGCAUUGGUUGAGUAUAUUCAAUGUACCUUUUGGCAUCCAUAAGCAAGAAGGUCGGAAUCCUCUGAGAUUGCAAUAUCUACAUAGCCAUGCUCAUAAAGUAAUGCUAUCUCUGCAUCAGCCUCGUACGGAGCUACCACAUAAUCAAUAGACUUUUGUCGGCAAGUCUAUAAAUGAAAAGAAUAAAAAAUUAUCUUAACGAGGUCAUUCAAUUUUUAAUUAAAAACAAUACAAUAUUUAAUUAUUAAGAAGUCUAGAAAAAAAUGUAUUUUAAGCUUACUGAAAUGAUAAACUUUAUGCCAAAAUUGAGACUUAGACUUACUUGAAUAAACCCACAGACGAGAUCGUGGUUAAUUUCUGCAGCUGCAGCCAAAGCGUUUCUUGCCUCAGUCACCUUUCCACUGCGCCGAAGUUGGUCAGCUUUUUGCUGUUGUUGUUUUUUUUUGCCUAAAGGAAGAAGAUUUAUGGGAGAUCAAUGUCUGCUGAAAAAAAAUCAUUUCUACUAAAGAAAAUUAGACAAAAGGCUUAAAUAUUUGAACUGAGCUUCAACUGUCAAUGCAAAAAAAUUCUCUCACAUUGCUCUGUUAUCACGCUCUCUGUCCUUGCCCGGUAGCGGCAAUCCGUCGAACACGACCAACGGUCGAAUUUUAUUCCUUUCCAGUAGAUCCAGAUAAGAAUUGCAGAUCUCCUUCACUCUAAGAAGUAAAAACAUUAGUUAAAAUGCAAUACAAAUUAAGACAUAGUAAAACUUUCAUAUUAAAAGUUCUCACCUUCGAUCGUCUCCGAAUUGCGAAUAACUGAUCGCAAUGGCCUUGUGUAACCAACAAGACGCAUCUACGGCCGCCACGAGACCUUUAAAACUGUCUAAAUAGCUGUUUUCAGUGACGUCUUUCAGAAAAGGAAGCAAGGUUUUAAUUCCCAUUCUAUUGUCUCUGUAUGUGCCAAGAGCUCGCUGAGAUGUUCACUCGCUGGUGUCAAGCGAGAAAUGAGCGCCGCCACAUUUUUACCACAUUUUUACCCAUCACGUAUUGCGGGUCGUGACGCACACCGCCUGGUCGGAAGCGAAAGGGAGAGAGCCCCUCCCCCAUCUAAAAUCUCCUCUCCCCUAGCCCCUUAGGAAGGCCUGAUACUCAGGCUAAUUCGUUGCGGAUUUAUUUUUUUUCCUCUCUGGGCCGGGUUGUUCAAAGCUGGGUUAAGAUAACCCAGGGUUAGCGCAAAAUUUGAAUUCAGAUGUGAAAGCUUCAAAAGCAAAUUUAGUUUAAUUCUUUUUGUCAACAAGUUGAUGAUCGCAUGCUCUUAAAAAGAAACGGGACAAUUAUCUAAGAAAAGGCUUUUGAACAAAAGAAGAAGAAGCCCGGGUUAAACUUAACCCUGGGUUAAGCGCUAAUCGGCCUUCGAACAACUGGGCCCUGGAGAGCGGAUUCGAAAAUAUCCGGAUUCGCUGCCGAAUUCGCCGGAUGCGUGUGGACGGAAGCCGUACCCGGAAAGAAAAAGUUGCCGAUUCAAAAAUAUCCGGAUACGUGUGGACGAGGCCUUUACUUAUUUGCUCAGAGUUUCGGAAAACAGAGAGCCAGUGUACAUGAAACAUACAAAUGUGUGUUACUUCAAAAGCAUUCUAGCUUGCGAACAAACCUCUCCAAGUGUGGCGAGCAAAGCUAGCCGCGAGAGAACACGCUCCACUCCUCGCAAUCGCGUCUCUUAUUGCGUGCGGCUCUCGCGUGACCACUCGCGACCUCCCCAAACGGAGAUCUUGCUCACAGGCUGAAAGCGUUCGUGAAUCAAAACUUCAAGUUUUUGUUUCAGGACUCUAAACCAGUUUUUUUUACAAGCAAUGGACAAGCGCUUCACAAGAGCGCAGGGUUUACCGCUGGAUGAUAGUUUUUAACCCUUUCUCUGCCAAAGGUAUGGCGGUGUUAUUUUAGUUGUUUAUGGUAACAUAUAUAGGUUUCCUUACAGUAUGGCAACCCUAGAUGGAUUAAGGCCCUCCUGGUGAGCAAUCUUUGGUCUCUUUGAGGUAAAUUGUCAAUGACUGCGUCGAAAUAUGAUAGGCUGAUGACUUAGGCAACAAGUGCCCUUGUAUGUCAAAAGCAAUUAUAUUUAAUUUUACAGUAAAACAAUCUCACAUUAACAGUAGGCGUAGCCUCCUGUCAUUAUAUAGAGUAUUUUAUGAUAUAGGCUACAUUAUAUUUAACUUUUAAAAUUUUUUAACCUGAAGUAUUGUAAAACAAUGCUAUAUCCUAGAAUAAGGGCAAGGCCAAACGUCGAACUUUUCGUGCGGCGAACCAUUCGAAGUGAGUUAAGUUUUUCUCAGACUAAGUUCCUCUGACUGAGUUUUCAAUGGACAAGCAAGUUCAGAUCCGUCCACUUCAGAAGGAUAGAUGGUGUAAAAAAAUGCUGAGCAUUAUUCAGUUGAAAAGAUAUUAAGCUGUUCGUCGGGACAACGAAAACUGUCCGUACGACUGUAAACUCUUUUGCGCCUGGAAAUUUUUUGUUCUUUUCAACUUAGUUCUAGGCUUAACGUUCGACUUUGAUCCAGCAGUUGAACUUAACUAUAUUCAGGCCAAAUGGCAAUUUGGUACGCCUCAUGACGUUUGGCCUUAGUCUAAGGUCGUGCUAGUAUCUGGAUGUAUUUCGUCCUAAAUAAUUAAAGAUAAAUUUUUUAUAAAAAAUAAUAUCAAUUCGAUGACUGUCUGCUUCUUCUAUGUAAAAGAUUUUAACGGCAGGUUAUGGUGCACCUCUAGUUUUCGGAGAGUAGGGUGUUUGUGUUAUAUCAAAUCAGAUAGUAAAUCUUGCAAUGCCGGAUGAGACGUACAGUGGAACUCGGUUAAUGCAACCACGGUUGGGCCAUAAAAUCCUGGUCGGAAUAACGAGGUAGAAGCAUUAACGGGGACUUCAAACUAAUAAAAAGACUCAGUGACUUUUACGUUUGGGUCGAAAGAAUAUGGUCGUAGUAAAUAGGUGGUCGUAUAAACGGGACGGUAAUAAGGCGGGGCUCUAAUUUCCUUUCUAUGUUAAGAUAUCCCCGAGAGAUCCAAGAGGAAUAUGCCAAGAAACCCAUUGCUGGUAAUUAUUGCAUUUACUGAUUCAUUCAAGAUUCACGUCUUUUUUUCUCAGGAAGCUGUUUCAAGGGCGUUUUUAUUUAUCCUUUAUUUCAUCCGUAAUGCUUGAAAUCUGAUUGGCUCCAAGCAUUGUGACUGUUCGCAAAUCACAAAAUUUUUGCAAAUAUGGGCACCGCAGUCCAUUGAACUCACUGCUAAACUUGAGCGCAUUCAAAGACUCUCCAUUAGGUUUAUUUUAAACCUGCCUUAUUCUUCAACUAUAAGCUACAAUAUUCUCGUCUACAAACUUUAAAUCUUUUACCUAUUUGCCAUUGGGACGAACUGUUGGACCUUAUCUUCUUUUUCAAAGUAACACAUUGUUUUGUCAACGUAGACCCCUCUGUCCUACCUGAUGUUCGCAAGUACAGAUGGACUAGCUAGAUCCACCACUACCAAUAAAGCCUGUUCCAGGUUCUCACAGAGUCUCUUUUCUUCAGAUUUUGUCAUUCUUAACAUUUCACACCGGCUCCUUUUAUUUUAACAGGGCCUGCUGUAAUUGGCCUCAGCUGUUGCAGUGUUCUUGCCAACCCCCUUCUUAAUUUACAGUUUAAUAACGUUGUAUGUUUUUUUUGUUUCUUCGGCGAAGCUAAUAAAAUAAAAUAAAAUAAUUAUCUCUCAUAUAGAAAAUAAGGUUUAAAAGUGUUUCCGGGUCCACUUUUUAACAAACUGGCAACAAUCAAUUUAAAAAUAUCUUGUAAAUUGUGCGAUUUUUUUAAAAUGUAUGUGGCUGGCUACAAUACACGUAGAGAACUGGGAUGGCCCCUCCCUCCUAGUCUGAAUAUCGCAUAAAUCAUCAAGGAGUGAAACAAACCAUUUUAACGUCUUUUUCAGAUGGUCAUGAAAAAUUUCAAUCACAACAAUUUUUUUGUAUACAAUUUCUCCUCACUCUGUAAAUAAAAAGGAAGGACUUCCAGAUUAGACUGCCGAGAAAAAAUUUUCAUCGAAAAAUACGGGUGGUACUUUUUGCUGGAUUUAAUAAUGUUAUUCCGACCACACAGAAGCGAAAAGGCCCGGCGGGGGGGGGGGGGGGGUACUCCCAUAUUGUUGGUUUUCACAUGACGUCACUAAAAUUCAAACUACAAAACUAUCGAUCCUACUGAGAUUUUACUUUCACUGUGUAUUAGAGCAGCUGAAAAAUAAUUUUCAAACAAAUUUUCGCUUCAAAAGGGUUCUUGGUUUUGUAAUAGAGUACGCUUGAAUCUCUAAGCUUUUGCGUGACGCAGCACUUACAUGACGGCCGAAAGAGCUAUCAUUUAAGUUAGAAAAGUGACUUUUUUCGUGGAAUUUUGCUAUCUAAACAGUUCAAGUAUUAGAAAAAGUAUUACUUUAAUGUUUGUGAGUUCCUCUAGGAGUAAAUUCACGCUUUUGUAGCAAACUCGGUAACAGAUGUUUCUGCUGGUUUCCGUCCGCCAUGUUGGAGCUCAUCCGGAUGAGCUCCAGCAUGGCGUCUCCAUACAAAGCUCUAUAAAUUUGGGUAAAACAUUUCCUGGGAUAUCUCGAUCGUAUACGAAUUAUUCCUUCGACCCAAAUCUUGGCGACGGUCUUUGUAUAUUUGCCUCCUUUCAUUUCCCAGAUUCUGGACUUUAUCUGUCGAAUGGUUUUGAUUUUUAUUUUGAUCUCAUUUGAAUGGUGUGACACUGAAAACCAGCAAUACGGGUAUGUGCCGCCCAACGGGGUCGUGAUUUUGAAGCUCCUGAUUUAGAACGGGGUAUCCCUUCAGAGGCGUUUUCUAGAACGGAGUAUAAAAAAUUGUGGAUCACGGCUUUACCUUCUGCUCAAAAUUGUUGCUGAUUAUGAAGAAGCAUUUAUUUGAUGUAUAAGUCGAACAAAUAAAGAAAUAUCUUUUUUUAAAAACAGGGCUAUUUCAAUUUACAAACUUUCUAGAACGGAGUAUAAAAAAUUGGCCCAUUUCUAGAACGGGGUAUCAGUUUUAGGGCGAAUUCUAAAACGGGGUAUAAAAAAUUGGCCUAUUUGUAGAAUGGGGUAUCAAUCUUAGGGGAAAUUUUUUUAGAACGGGGUGCCAAUUUGGAGUCCCGGGCGGCACACACACAGACGAGACCAGUCGCAAAAAUGGUUUCCCGCAUAUCGCCCACAAGUUACCCAGACGACAACUCAGACGGUCAACCAGACCUAGUGCCCAGUCCCUAUAGGCCCAGCGCCCAAGAGUCGCCAUGUUUGGACCCUUUCGGAAAUUUCUCUUCUGGUCAUUGUGGCUAGCUGAUAUUCUUGGGGGUUUGACUUGACAUGGAAAGUUCCGUAGGUAAGUUGAUAUUGUCUGUUAUUAAAUUGUUCAAUCCAUGCGCAAGUAUACUACAAAUAUUUCUGCCAUUUUAAAAGACGCGUAUUCUAGAAUUUUACCAUGACUUCAAAUCAAAGAAGAUUUGUGCUUUUAUGGUAUCACCGAUCUCAGCGAUCAGACCGCCUGAAAGGUGGAGCUGCUACGGUCACUAUUGUCAUUUCUCAUGCAUUUAUUUCCUUUAAUAUUUGCACGUAAGCAAAAGACGACAUGUCGACUGGACCAAUAUAUAACUUAAGUCAAUGAAUCAAUGAAGUUGUUUAGUAGCUUAUUUUCGUAUUAAGUAAAAAAAAAAAGAAAGCCAACAUUGCAUUGAGAGAACGUGGCCAGUUUUUUAACGACUAGUUGCAGUGACCGAAGCCUAAAUAGGGAUACAAUAAUAAUAAUAUAAUAAGCAUUCUUCAGCUAUUGUUUAUGUAUCAGUCAAUUCAAAACCGCCCAUGCCCCCCCGGAAAAACCCCCGGACAUUUGACUUUUUGGAAAAUUUUCGGUGAAAUUUCCCGGUAUGUCAGCAGUUUAAUUGGUCAAUACCCUGCUAGCGUGAGUUGCAGAUGUAAUUUUAAUUUUCUUGUCUGUGAAACAGCGCCAAUAUCCUUUUUCUGGGUAGGUUUGAUUUCCACCGCUCUCUUCGGCCCUCCCAGAGAAGAGACGGCUGGAUGCGUGAGUGGCCUAUCAUGUCUGUGACGUAAAUUCAAAAUUUAGUUUAAUUUAUGCAUCAUUACCAAACAACGGAAAUGGGAAAUGUCAUUAAAUACCAAAGACUUGCUGUGCUUUGCCUCUUGGUUGCUUUGGUAUUCGCCAUAAAAAUCAGCAGAAACAUGUACUGAUUUCAGAUGUUUACAUUGAUCUUUCUUUAGUGAAGUUUGGAGUGAAAUUACCACAGAAAUGGACUUGACAGUCAUCUCCUUCACAUUAGCUUUCAACAACCAUCGUUACAGACUGGAAAAUAAUUAAUGAUCCACAAUCUGUUGGUUGAAUUUCAAAAACAUACUUACCAUUUGCCAACUUCUCUAAGAUAACGCUUUUCUUUAUAAAUAUUUCAGUUUUUAAAGUUUUAAAACGAUUGCACGCCACAUAAAACAACACCUUUGCAUCCACCGUUUGAAAUCUGCUCCAGGAACAUAAAGUUAUGGUGCCUGCUGGAUUUGAGCAGGUAAUGAUCUGAUUGGUGGUAAUUGACAAUAGCAAACUCAUACACUUGUACGUCCAGCCAUUGGUUCAGGGGAGGAGUAUAGAUUCAUUUCCCGAACAGUGGCUGGUAAUCGAGCCAAUGGUCUGGGUCCCCAAUGGACUCAACAAAUUACCAAAAGUGCAUUUUAAAUUUUGUUUUAUCUUCAUUGGGAAAUUGAAAAUGGCUUUUUUAACAGGCCAAUCAUGGCACUUACUCAAAUCCUGGUACUCAGCUGGGGGCCCUGAACAAGGAUUUCGGUGCUGUUUUACGGAGGGACUUAACAAGAGUUUAGUUAUGUCUGUGACACAGGCUGAUGCCCCAACAGUUAGCUUUUCAAAAAGCAUCAAAUCCCCCACGCAUCAGUGACUAUUUGAAAAUUUUCCUGUGCAAAAACCAUUUGUUCAAGUGGAAAUAUCCAACUAAGUGCAACUGAAAUAUCUAAAGUCUUGGAAAGCUGUCAACUGGUGCAUUUGUGUCUCCACAUUCUCCAAUUUUUAAACUGUAAACCUCCCAUUGGCCUGCAUGGCAAGUAUGUGUUUACUCAAUGUGCAAGCAAGGCCCAUUUCAGUGGCUGGGUCACCAGCACUACAACACAGUUAUGUACUAUGUUGUCAUUGGCAAGUCUGACUCACGCUUUCCACAAAUGCUUUUCUCAAAGUUUUGCUUUUAAGAGUAAAUUAUUCAGUGACCAUCUUUGUUCAUAUGAUAUUUGGUAUUCUAAGUGAAGGUUCUUUAUAGAUUUCUUGUAGUAACAGUUGUUUCUCUAUCAGUUGCAAGUGUUUGCAGUUUCUGAUAGGAAUGUUUUAUGAGUCCCUGUUAGGGUAAAAAUUCUGACAAGUGAUAUAGCGACAAAGGACUGCAGAAAUGACAGAGAUGGGAAAAUGACAGAAAAAAAAUUGAAAUACAAUAGUAAAAUACCAACAGUGGUGUGGCUUCCUCCACAAUAUGCGAAAUAACAGGUUUUAAAGUUCAGACUAAGGACAUACAUACCGUAAAUGGCCUAAUAAACACCUGGGGCUGGGUCUAUUUAAUUUUAGGGGUUCAAAUGUGGGCAUUUAAUGGAUAGGAGGUGUUUAUUCUCAUUACUGUUUCAAACUCAACAAAAUCUAAUAUACUGCCUGCGAAAAUAUUACAGUGCUACACGCCUUACCGUUGCCACUUGACGAAAGUUUUAGAUAAAAUUUUGACAACUUUCUGAAACGGACUUAAGCAUCGACAAUGAAACGGAUGACGACGAGGCUUCGUAACCAAGGCAGACUGGGCCAAGGGUUUUGUUUUUGGUGGGGAAAAUGAAGUUUAAGCAGUGCAGCUUGCCAGACAGACGACGACUUUUUCUUUGUGAAGAAGUUUGUCCUGUUACAGUCUUGUUAUGGAAUUCAAAGGCCUUCACAAUUUGCAUCUCAUAAGCUAUGAUGAUGGUUAAAUCGAUGAUGGCGAAUUAAUAAUUAUUGUUCUUUACGACCUGUAUUAUUCGAUUUUGGAGGCCUUCUCUUCGUCGCGCAGCUUUUGUUUUUGUUUUGAAGUUAAAGUGAAUCCCAAUCUCGAGCUGCUGAAGAGAAUUCAGUGCUGCUGCAAUGUUCUCCCAUAUUUGUCCUCUGUCAGGGCUCCUCAUGGUUAAUUGUAACUCUUCCCUAAACAUGUCACACAUUAUCGGUACUGUAAAACCCAUUGUUGCUCAUCAUGUAAAGGCUUAUCGGCUGUCCUGAGUCCGUUAGAAAGAUAUUCUUGAUGUGCAUAAUUCUUGCUACCUAUCGCUGCAUCAAAGAAGAUAAUUUUGACUGUAAACUUUAAGUGUUGCCUGAUCCAGUCUUGUCACUUUUGGAAGCGUCGGCAGUCCGUGUUCCCUCUCUUCACCGGUUUCGUGUACAAUGUAAUUGUAGUAUUUUGUCGCUGCCUCUGCACACGUUUGUGGUCGUUGUGUUGACGAUGUUGCCUUUGCUGUGCUAAGCGAUGCUCUCUGCUUCGUGGUUUUCUUCUUUGAUCUGCUCACCGAUGAAUUUUAAUUGGCAUUCUCCAGAGGAGUUUCAAUGGAGCAAAUCGACUCUAGUUGUAGGCAAACAGACCGUAGGCAAAACGACUGGAUACCGCUUGCUAACAUGCCAAAUUCGCUGUCUUUGUUUAAUUCACAGUUUAGAGUUUGUUUUAAUCCAUUAACCAUGAGCAAUAUCUAUAAUAAUAUUUAUACUCCCUAUCUCAGUUUUAACCCUGUUGCCAUAAAAAGAUGAAACUUUUGAUAGCUGCAAUAAUAUUAACUUCGGCAAUCACGGAGCGUCUUUAAUUAGACUGUGUUUAUCGGUUACUAGUGCUGUUACUAGGGCUGUGACUGUGUUUAUCACUUAUUAGGGCUGUUACUGUGUUCGUUUCUGGUUUGUUUUUAAAUGACUUAGGAUGGAUCAAAUCGACUUUCUAUCUGGAUCGAAUCGACUUUGUUGAUAGAUCGAAACAACUUCUGUUUGGAUCAAAACGACUUUGGAUCGAUUAUUAUUUUAACAGUUUGUAGCGGCUGGGAACGAAACAUUAUUCUUCUCGAUUAGGUUCACUCAACAAAUGAGAAAUUGAAGCCAGGGUUCAUAUGGCCCACCCCUUGUGCUCAGAAUCAAAUUCCCCACCCCCUGGAAGACUAUGAUCAGCAUAUUCCCUAUCCUUGAGAAGGCAAAGGUUUCAAAUGCGUGGGGUACACCUGAAAGAUGUUGAAGCUUCAAUUUGACCGAUACAUAUUUUUAACAAUACAGUCGACUCCCGAUAACUCAAACCUUCAACGGAAAUCGAAAAAAGUUCAAGUUAUUGGGAGCUCAAAGAAAAUAGCCGAGAAAACAGUUUUUACUGCACAGUGAACAUUUUAAUCACAUUUAAUUUUAGAAAUGUCAAGUGAAAAUUAAAAGAUACUUCUAGAUUAUAAAUCAGAAUGUAACGUAACAAAACAUAGCUUAAAUAGAGCAUGCGUUUUACUGUUUUGAGAAGUAAAGCUGCUUCAAGUUAGCCUGUGACAAUCAACAUCAGCCUCCAUUAGUAAACUAUACUCCUACAACACGUUAAUAGGAAAUCCAAAAUUCAAUGUUUCGGACGCCAGUAGAUGGCUUUUUUCCCAACUUUUUAAGUGCUCAAAACAUGGUUCGAGUUAUGGAGGGUAAAAUAAUAUAGAAAAUGACCUGAGGGGAAACGAAAAUUUGUUCGAGUUAGCGGGAGUUCAAGUUAUCGAGGGUUCGAGUUACCGAGGGUAAAAUUACAGUAAAUGUAUGACGGAAAUCCAGGGGAAGUCGAUUUUGGUUCGAGUUAGCGCGAGGUUCAAGUUAGCGAGGGUUCGAGUUAUUGGGAGUCAACUGUAUUAAUUAAAAAAUAAUAUUGAUUCCAUUGAUGAUUGUAUCGACAGAGUGUUCUAAUUAAUUCCAAAUUUGCAGACUCAUGUUACACCCCUCCAAAGAGUGAAUGCGUACUGAAUAUAACAGUUGCUACAACUGCCAAGGGCUGGAACAUUGUAGCAAAUGAACAGUUAACCAGUGAACUAGCCAAAAACCCAAGGCUGAAGGUGUAUGGACUUGUACCAAGGAAUACCCAAGAACAGAGACUUGAGGCUAAAAAGUCAAAUAUUGAACUGGUAGAUUCAAAAAAGAUGAUUGGUAAUUACACAGAAGAGGACCUCAUUGCAUACCCUCCUGACAGUCUUGAUGUUGAUGUCCUUAUUAUCCACUCUUAUCCGUCUGACCUCGGGAAGCAAGCCCAAGUUAUAAAGGAAAAAAAGAAGUGCAAGUGGUUUCAUGUUGUUCAUACCAUCAGUGAAGACUUGGAGUUAUAUGUGAAGAAAGCAUCCAACCUAGGUAAAGCUGAUUCAGAGAAGAAGCCUGAGCAUGAGGUGCAGUUGGCUCUUUGUGAAGCAGCUGAUAUUGUGAUUGCAAUAGGCCCUAAGGUGGCUGAUGCUUACAAAACUGCUCUGCGUCAGUGUGAGAAGCAGAAAAAUGUGAUAACAAUGACACCUGGAAUAAUUCAUGAUCUUCUUGGUGUUCAGGACAUGAGUGAUGGUGGAGAAAAGUUUUGUGUCUUGAUCAGUGCAACAUAUCCAUCAAAGUAUUUUGAAAUUAAAGGCUGCCAUAUUGCGGCUAAAGCAAUCAAAUCAUUACAGGACUCAUCAUACCAUCUUACAUUUGUUGUUUUACCUGAUGAUGAUACUGGGUAUCUAAGACACAAACUUGAGGGGUUAAUUAGUCUUAAUCAACUCAAUAUCAGACCUGUCUCCAGGAGUAAUGAAGAAUGGAGAAAGCAGCUGUGCCAAGUUGAUCUUGUCAUCUUGCCUUCAGCAGAGGGUUUUGGAACAAGUUGUGUCCGUGCCAUUUCUGCGGGUGUUCCUGUCCUCAGCAGCGGAAACAGUGGAUUUGGUAUGGCACUAAAGAAGUUGCCAUCAGGAAGAAUGCAUAUAUUGGAUUCAGAAGACCCACAGCAAUGGGCAGACAAGAUCAGGGAACUCAGGGACAAGGGACGAACACAACUGACUCGUGAGGCAAAGCAGCUUCGGGAAGAGUACAUGAGAAAAUAUUGCUGGAAAGAACAAUGUGAUAAACUUGUGGACAAAAUGAUGGAGAUUGUCCCAAGCAAAGAAGGUAUGACUUUGUGA